AUAACUGUUCCCCUUUCUAUCUCCUUUUUGUACCCUAACUCUUGAGCUCCUUAAGAAAGUUUGCUCGGCUCUUAACCAGAACUAGAAAAUAUCAGAGAGAGAGAGAGAGAGAGAGAGAGAGAGAGAGAUGGGGAGAGGGAAAGUUGAGCUGAAGAGGAUAGAGAACAAAAUCAACAGGCAGGUCACAUUUGCGAAGAGAAGAAAUGGGCUUCUCAAGAAAGCUUAUGAGCUAUCUGUUCUCUGCGAUGCUGAGGUCGCCCUCAUCAUUUUCUCCAACCGUGGCAAGCUCUAUGAAUUCUGCAGCAGUUCUAGCAUGACGAAAACAAUUGAGAAGUACCAGAAGUGUAGCUAUGGUUCACUCGAAACCAACUGCUCCAUCAAUGAGAUGCAGAACAGCUACCAGGAGUAUUUGAAGCUACAAGCAAGAGUUGAGGUUCUCCAACGAUCUCAGAGAAACCUCCUUGGGGAAGAUUUGGGUCCCCUGAACACAAAGGAGCUCGAGCAACUUGAGCACCAGUUGGAGAAUUCUCUGAAGCAAAUCCGGUCUACAAAGACCCAAUUCAUGCUUCAUCAACUUGCUCAUCUUCAGCACAAGGAACAAAUGCUGAUUGAAGCUAACAGAGAUUUAAGGAAGAAGUUGGAAGAGAGCACUGCAAGAAUCCCUCUCCGGCUUGGAUGGGAAGCCGAGGAUCACAAUAACAUGCCAUACCACCGCCUUCCCGCGCCAUCGCAAGGCUUGAUCUUCCAGCCCUUAGGCAGCAAUCCGACACUGCAGAUCGGGUACAAUCCCAUGGGUUCGAAUGAAGCGAAUGUUUCGGCUGCUGACCAACAUCCCAAUGGAUUCAUUCCUGGGUGGAUGCUCUGAAUCGUUGCGCCAGCAGACUACUCGCUGGAAGCUUCGUAUCAAAUAUAUUUUCCGGUUCUUGUUAUGAUAUAUGACUCUUCCUCCGGACGACGGACACGAACGACGGUCCACCAUACGCGGAUAAUAUGCAUGGAAGUGACAUACCCAAAAAAGGACGGACAAUAUGAAUCCAAUCUAGCUAACUAUGUUGUAUAAGAAUAAAGAUCUGCUUUGUUGUGUCGCUGACGUUUGGAAUUCAUCUAUGUUAUUGAUGUAUUCGAAUUCUCUUUUGAUUGUGCA